AUGGACGGCUUCUCUUCUCUGGAUACUGGCAAUACAGGGUGCCAUCUGCAGAUGAUGUGCGUUCUUGGUCCAAAGUCCAAGUCCUUUUCCUCUCGCGGGCUCUCAUUUUGACGUUUCGGACCAUUGGGUUCAUCUUCAACGAACACUGUAGACACCGAAAUUCAUUUGUUCCUCCUCCGUCAUCACAUAUUCCAUUUCCAGCUUCCUUCAGAGUCUCACUGGCGCACCCAAUCUCUUCAUCCUUAUCGCAAGGUACCCAGCCGUUUUGGUCUUGGAUUUCUUCUGUUUUUGCACAGCCACAGAGUCGCAUAGGUAAUUAUACUUCAGCUGACAGAAUUCGAACUUGAAGGCUGGUUACAAGCGCCAAUGUGUAAUGUGUGAGCUUUGGUGUGCUUGAUCAAUAUACAGAAAGAUGAGUAGCAUCCACGUUACUGCAUGCCAGCCUAGGAUCUAUAUCACAAAUAUAUCUCGUUGUUGCCGUCCUUCCAAAGAUGCAUUUCCAAUUAAUACUGGCCCUCUCUCUAGGAUUUCACUCAGCCCAGGAAAACCUUCAUCUGGCUUGCAAUGUGUGCCAUUCUCAAAAUCAAGGCAACCUCUUCAUGUCUGCUUUGCAGGUGAAAAAGGAAUGAUGGGAAAUAAUAGUGAGGAUUCACCAUGGAAAGCUCUUGAGAAAGCAAUGGAAAAAUUUAAGGGACAGUCUGUAGAGGACGUCUUGCGACAGCAGAUUCAAAAGGGAGAAUAUCUUGAUGAUGGGGGCAGUGGGGCAAAGCCACCAGGGGGAGGGGGAGGGGGUGGCGACGGAGGAGGUGCUGGUGGAUCAGAGGAGGAAAGCUUUGGUGAGAUGUUGGACGAGACUCUCCAAGCGGUUUUAGCAACUUUGGGCUUUAUAUUUAUGUAUAUCUAUAUCCUAACUGGUGAAGAACUGGCAAAGCUAGCUAGGGACUACAUCAGAUAUCUGUUUACAGGGAAACAAAGUGUUCGAUUAAAGCGUGCAAUGUCUCAAUGGGGGCAAUACUAUCUCGCCAUAACAGAGAAGCAAGCAGUUGACAAGUAUUGUUUGGAGAAGGCCAUUCUCAAUACUCCCACUUGGUGGAAUGAUCCUGAUGAUUAUCGUGAAGUGGUUUUAAAUUACUUGGAGUCAAAUUCGGAUGAGUAGAUUUUAUUAUUCUUUUUUUCUUUUGUUUUUCUGUUUUUUUCUUUUUAGCUUUGGAUUGGUACCAUCUCGUAUUUCCCUUGAAUUUUUGGUUUUGAGAUCGAUGAAGCUUAAUUUAUAUGAAUACCAUGGUGUAAUUGACUAGUUGUUGAGGCCAUUUGAAGCGUAUGUUAUCAUGCCUGACUUGUUUUCAUUAUGUAUGAAAAAAUGAAUCAGCCGUU